CACUGCUGAUACAAUUACAUGAUAAGACUCAAAGAGUAAAGACUGUAGUGCCGAUCUUAAAUUCUAUUACAAUUAGAUAGAAUAUAUGUAAAUUUAUCUUUCCAAUAAUUUGUGCCUUAAAUUUUUUAUAUAGACUUGUUUUUGUGCAGAAGGCAUGCUCAAUUUAUUGUUUUUAAUUCUUAUUUAUGCUCCAAGUUCAUGGUUCACUUUGGCGAGAGAGUAUUACGAUAUAAAAAAAUCUGGACAAGAAUUACUUUUGUGUCGCAAAUGCGGUGCUGAUGUGGCCGACUCGUACUAUUUAUUUAGCAAACAUAGUCCAGGAGUGAAAAAAUCAGAUAUACAAAACUUAUUUGGGCAACAAAAUGUAACUGUCCAAACUUUAAUGAACCCAUUUGGUAUUAAAUUUGACAUUGUAACUGCGAAAAAAGCUAGAUGUUUGAAUGUGGGCCCUAGCCAAGGGGCAGAUUCCUGGUUUCCUGGUUACACUUGGAAAAUAUGCACAUGUCCACAUUGCGGGCAACAUUUAGGUUGGACAUUUGAAAGAGCUGAUAAAACUACUCUUAACAAGGAAAAGGACAAUGUGACUUUGUUUCAUGGACUUAUAUUGAACAAUAUUCUUGGAGAAAACUUUACAGAUUCACUUAUAAUGAUGCCAAAGAUGUAUAAAAUGUGAUUGAUAAUGGGUACUCUCGAUAAUACAUGGAUGCAAAGACUCGGUGCGAAUAUUUCUUUAUGACUGAAUAUUAAAACCAUUAUAUUUAUUGAAUUGUU